ACUUUACAUUUCACCCCCUUCAUUUCCUCUUCUUCCUCUACGAAACUGUAAUUUAAAUAAAAUCGAAGCUGUUAAUUCCGACAUUCUUUUUCUGAAAGCAAUUUUCAAUGGCAAUUUCACGGCUUAGGAACCCAGUUUUCUCAAGAGCCGUCCCGUCUCUCUUUAGAGCACGUUUUCUAUGUUCCUACGCCUCACCCAGAUCACUCUCUCGCACUUCAAAUGUGGAAAGACCUUUCAAGGACUGGAAUGGAUCUUGCUUAAGGCCCAAUGCUUUGUUCAGCAUAUUUGGAGAAUGCAGUAAUUCAUCAAAGCUCAAGUUGCAGAUUGGAGUUCGACAUUUCUCUUCUGCAGACCUUCCUGAGCAUACGGUGCUGGGGAUGCCUGCUUUGUCUCCAACAAUGACCCAAGGUAACAUUGCAAAAUGGAAGAAGAAAGAAGGAGAUAAGAUUGAACCAGGUGAUAUACUGUGUGAAAUAGAGACAGAUAAAGCCACACUUGAGUUUGAAUGUCUUGAAGAAGGGUUUCUGGCCAAGAUACUAGUACCUGAUGGGUCAAAAGAUGUGCCUGUGGGGCAACCCAUUGCAGUAAUGGUUGAGGAUGAACAAAAUAUCGAGAAGAUCCCUUCUACACUUGGGGGUGGAUCAGAUGUCAAUGAGAAAACAGCUCCUAAGGAUAUUGAAAGCUCCAAAGAGGAAGACAAACCAAGUUCUUCUAAUGUCAAUGCAUCAGAUCUUCCUCCACACAUUGUUAUUGGAAUGCCAGCACUCUCUCCUACAAUGAAUCAGGGUAACAUUUUCAAGUGGACAAAAAAAGAAGGGGACAAGAUUGAAGUGGGGGACAUCAUAUGUGAGAUUGAGACCGACAAAGCAACCCUCGAAUUUGAGAGCCUUGAAGAGGGCUAUCUAGCAAAGAUACUGGCUCCUGAAGGUUCAAAGGACGUGGCUGUGGGACAACCUAUUGCAAUAACAGUUGAAGAUCCAAAUGAUAUCGAAGCUGUGAAGAGUUCCGUUGCGGGUGAUUCAGCUGUCAAAAAGCAAGAACCAAAGCAUCAAGAAUCCAAAAGUGAAGUUAAAGAGCAGAAGUCUGGUUUUACAAAGAUCAGUCCAUCAGCCAAGUUGCUUAUUUCGGAAUAUGGAUUAGAUGCUAAAUCACUUAAGGCAUCAGGUCCUCAUGGUACUUUGCUUAAAGGGGAUGUUUUGGAUGCAAUUAAGUCUGGAAAAGGAUCGUCCAAAAUUUCACCAUCUGAAAAAAAACCAUCACCUCAAACCAGCACUCAGAAAUCUCCUUCAGGGAGUCCCGAGUCAAAGACUCAUCCACUGCAGUCAGUUUCUUUUGAAGACUUUCCCAAUACUCAAAUUCGCAAGGUUAUUGCAAGGAGGUUAUUGGAAUCUAAACAGACUACACCGCAUUUGUAUUUAUCUUCAGAUGUUGUACUGGACCCUCUUCUUUCUUUUAGGAAGGAGCUUAAAGAGAAGCAUGAUAUUAAAGUUUCAGUCAAUGACAUUGUCAUAAAAGCGAUUGCAGUUGCUCUGAAAAAUGUACCUGAAGCUAAUGCUUAUUGGGAUGUUGAGAAAGGGGAAAUAAUUUUAUGUGAUUCUGUUGACAUAUCAAUUGCAGUUGCUACUGAGAAGGGUUUAAUGACCCCAAUUGUAAGGAAUGCCGAUCAGAAAUCCGUUUCAUUGAUCUCCUCAGAGGUAAAGCAACUAGCUGAAAAGGCACGGGCUGGGAAGCUUUUACCAAACGAAUUUCAAGGAGGAACAUUUGCAGUUUCAAAUCUGGGAAUGUUUCCCGUGGACCACUUUUGUGCAAUUAUAAAUCCCCCACAGGCUGGUAUCCUUGCCGUCGGUAGAGGAAACAAAUUUGUUGAACCAGUGGCUGGAAGUGAUGGAAUUGAGAGGCCUGCAAUUGUCACAAAAAUGAACUUGACAUUAUCUGCUGAUCAUCGUGUUUUUGACGGCAAAGUUGGAGGUGCAUUUAUUUCAGCAUUGAAAGCAAACUUCAAAGAUAUUGGGAGGCUGCUGCUGUGAUAACAUUGUGUUGAAAUCCCAGGAGAUUCAGCUAUAGUGGAGAGGUCUCUUUCUUCAAGCUUGUUAAUAAUUCUUCAAACGGAUCAUUGUUAUUUGUCCCAGAAAUUUCCAUUGCCGUCCUGGUUACCGAAAUGGUUACCAACAUUCUUUUCAAAUCAUUCGACUUCUUCACGAGAACCAAAUCGUUAUUGAUCUAAAAUUUUGCUUGAAAUUUUCAUCAUAUUUUUAUGUCUUCUUCAAGGCUGCUCCUGCAAUUUCAUGUUUCCAUCUGAGAAAUAAAGAUGAUGAAUGAUGGGGAAAUGCAAAUACUGAAAUUUCCAUUGACAUUUCUUAUGUGUACAAUUCCUUUUUUCGUGGCUUUAAUCGAUAUUCUGCCGGGUGAAUUGAUCUA